CUCCAACUUUAUUUUUAUUAUACUACAACCAAACCUUAACAUUUCCUCCUAUUCUGAAUGCAGGCAACAAACAGUGUGGGUGAUAGGACCUGAGCUAUAUUCAUAUCAAGUAGAAGUUUCAGCUGUCAAUCUCCAUCUCUCAUAUUGUUUAAAUAUAUUACACCUUCUUAACUUGGUCGUAUGGGUAAUCUUGUUAUGUGAUGAAUUAAUAAAGAACACAUGCAUACCUCACCAAUUUGGAUUUUUUAAUAAAUUUGAUAACGAUAUUUUAUUAUAACUGUUUUCCUUUGUAAUCGUAUAUGAAUUAAGCACUAAAAAGCACUAUUCGGGAAAGGGGCUCAUCAGCUUUAUCAAAAACACAAAGAAGUCCAUGGCAGCUUCAAAAUAAACAUAAUAUGUUAAAGACAUAGUUUGAGAAGUGAAGAAGAAAAUCAAAGCUCUUUUUACUUUUUACCAUCAAUCUAUUUCCUAUUGAACAGAAAGUAUAAGCUACAAUGUGUUUCCUAUAAACUUAUAUCCUUGAUUAAAUAAGAAACAUAGUAGUGAAUAUAAAUGCUUUUAAAUUUCCCUCUCUUAACGGAAUUAUGUAUGUGUGUGAGUGUUGUACAUGUGAAUAUUCCUUAAUUCUGUUACUUACUUUCCCAAAGUUAUCUUCCAGAAGCAGGACAGAACUCAGAACUCAAGAGCUUGUGAACAUUUUAAUAAGUGAUCCUUCUUUGUAAAGUCAAUGUAAAUGAAAUAAUUUUUAAAACCCAUAAAGCAGUCUUUACAUGAAUCUUCUCUGCCAUCAGCUAGUGCAACACAGGCACAACUAUCAUGACAAGAUGAUCACUGGUUAUAGCUUUUGCCAUUUUCCUAGAAAGAUUUUGAAUGCCUAAAGUCCCCAAAUUAACCUACCCUCUAAAUAGUCACAAGAAGCUAUGAUAAAACUUUUUCAAACUAAAUAAUGAGUUUUCUUAUCAGAUAUUGCUACUAUUCCAAGGAGCCUUUACUACAGCUUUUUGUAGAGAAGUGAAAGUGUCUGUGUUAUUUCUCUUCAUAUGAAACAGAUUUUCUGGGCAAAUCUCACUAAGAAUCAAGCCAGUGUUGAAGGCAUAAAAAGCCAAGAAUCUAUAGAAUGCUACCUGAGAGUAUGUUACUGAAGACACAAAGAGAAGAUUUGUAUUUUAAAAGAAAAUCAAAAAGUUGUCCCUCUGACCUCUGAAUCUGCACGAAUGUUAGGGGCUUUUGAAGAAGGCUUUAAAAGACGUGAUAAAACCUGGAGGAAGUAACCACAAAAGUCUCAAACCUUGAGGUGUCCUGGUUCAUUGUGGAAAAUACUUGGUGUGAUGCCUCCACAGGAAAUUUUUUAUAUUUUGCUUUCUUGAAUUGUAACAAACACAAUUCCGGGACAGAGCUGAGACUAGGUUGUUGUCAAGAUGAAGACAGAUGGGAACCAAUCAGCGAGCAGUGCCGCUGUGUGUAUAAAUACAGAGACGCUCGGAGGCCUGGCUACUCAACACUGAGACUUUACUUUUUAACUGUUAGGCAACCAAACCGACAAUCAUGUCUGAAACUGUACCUGCCGCUCCACCUGCUCCUUCUACUGCGGAGAAGACACUUGGGAAGAAAAAGGCCCGCAAGUCCACCAAUGCUGCGAAGCGUAAGGCGUCCGGGCCCUCGGUGUCCGAGCUCAUCACCAAGGCUGUCGCCGCCUCCAAGGAGCGCAGCGGCGUGUCUCUGGCUGCGCUCAAAAAGGCACUGGCGGCCACUGGCUACGAUGUGGAAAAGAACAACAGCCGCAUCAAGCUGGGUCUCAAGAGCCUGGUAAGCAAGGGCACCCUGGUGCAGACCAAGGGCACCGGGGCUUCCGGCUCUUUCAAGCUCAACAAGAAGGCAGCCACCGGGGAGACCAAGCCCAAGGCGAAGAAGGCGGGCGCGGCCAAACCCAAGAAGGCUGCUGGGGCGGCUAAGAAGCCCAAGAAAGCCACGGGUGUGGCCACCCCGAAGAAAACCGCUAAGACGACCUUGAAGAAGGCGAAAACUGCUACUGGGGCUAAGAAAGUGGCCAAAAGCCCGAAAAAGGUAAAGACAGCCAAGCCAAAGGCAGCCAAGAAUCCAGUCAAGGCUAAAGUUCAUAAGCCCAAGGUAGCCAAGCUUAAAGCUGUCCAGCCGAAAAAGGCGACCCCCAGAAAGUAGGAAAAUAAAAGGAUUACGUUUCUUAAAGGCUCUUUUCAGAGCCACCCAACUCUUCUUAUUAAAGAGCUUGUAAUAAUACCUCUUGAGGUAAGUUUCCUCUUCGCUCGAAAUGGAGAUACCAGUACACAACUCCUUACCAGAAAGUGUAGU